AUGGGCCUUCGUCAAGAUGAUUCGGCCGCCUUUUUAAUAGAGAACACUGGUAUCGACAUGACCGUGGAUGAACUCGUUAGCGAAAGGAACAAAAAGCAUGUCGAAAGAUUUCCUUUUGCCAAACCUAUGCCCGGUGCCAUGCGUCUUGUAAAACAUCUGAAGGCACACAAUAUUCCGAUGGUGGUGGCGACAAGUUCGCACCGCAGCAACUUCACAAUCAAGGCCUCCAAUAAUCAAGACCUCUUCAGUAUGUUUGAUAGUAUCACCUGUGGAGAUGACCCAGGUGUCAAUAACGGAAAACCUGCUCCCGACCUAUUCCUUGUUGCUCGCGAGAAACUCGGAAACCCACCGGUAAAACAAUGCCUGGUAUUUGAAGAUGCAAUUAACGGGGUUCAGGCUGCAAGGAAUGCGGGGAUGCAGGUAAUUUGGGUACCAGAUCCAAACGUGGCAGCAUUAUGUCCAGGUGACAAUGGUGCAAGUGAAGUGAUCUUUUCUUUGGAUAACUUUGUUCCUGAAAAAUAUGGUUUACCACCCUACAGUGAUUGA